GGGCAGCUGUUGCGGGUAGCAGCGCCCGUGCGAACCGCCGGCUCCGGCUGCUGGGUGAUGUCGCUCGCAAGAAACCGGACUUAAUGAACAGAGUUGCCAAGGACUCCGGUGUUCAAGAUUCUCCUCCCGCUAGAGUAGCAGGUUCUGGAGCCGCGCUGCUAGGGAAACCGGGGGUUCUCUGUAGCUUUAGAAGGAGCACGGCGACCAUUAUAGCUCGUUGCUAAGGGAGCACGCAGAGCUCUGGAGCUGGCCGAACGACCACCGCGAUCACCGAGCGUGAGUCUCUCAACUGCUGUUCUAAAGCGGUGUUGCAAAAAAAGAUUUCCAGACAGCCCAUGAACUGCGCUUCCUCCUCGUUAAGGGGACAGGGAACUACGAGGACUGUCGAGGGCAGGGCACUGGAAGUUUCUGGAGCCAAGGGUAGGGUUUCCUCCCCAACGAAGUGGGCUUCUGGAGUAGGGUUUGUCACCCUGAAGUGGGCGUUUGGGGCAUCGUUGGAUGCAUGGUAGUGCCCUUGCUAAAGAAUAUCUGCAGUCACCGCCACGACAGGGUCUUUAUUCAGUUUGCACUAGGAACUCUUCAGCAACAAGCCUUUGAGAAUGCCUAGGGUUAGCAUUUCACUGUGACAAACUGGUUGCUGAACCGGGAGAAAUCUUUGUUGUUGGUGUUUUGUGCAAUGUGGCAGAUCCAAGUAGGGGUUAAAAGUAAAUGGAUUGGUUAGGUUGUUGAAACACUCCCCCAGCUGUUUCGCUUUAUGGCAAGUUGAAACUGUGUCUUAAUAGUAUCCGAUAAACCCAACCUUUUUUACCUGUAGCAAUCUCAGUUUGCACUGCUGGUUACUUUCUCUUGCACCUGGUGCUGCUAUAUUUCCAGCCAAGUGAACGGUGAAGGACUUGAGACUGAAAAAGUUUGGUUCCCCAAAGCACAGCUGUUAACGACUGUUGGAUAGAUUUACUGACCACCUGAGCAAACCCAUGAGCCCUCCUACCGCCUAAACAGCCAGACUUCACCACCAGAGGACUCCCACUUGAACCUUCCAUAUAGAAGUUUGUCCCCCCUCCUGAGUGAACCCUGACAGGCAUCCUUCCUGUGCUUCUGGAGACCAAAAGGAACCAAAGAUGCUUUCGGAGGCCCUUCCUUGCUUCCAGUUACUUCGGAUGGGCCCAGCUUCACCUGGGGACUCGCCCAAUCGGGACCUUUACACCUUCCGACCCUCCCGGCCUAGCUGUACUUAUCGGCUGGGCUGCCGAGCCGAGGUCUGUGAUGUCACUCUGGUGUCGGAGCGGAACCCGGCCUUGAUCUCACGGAUCCAUGCAGAGAUUCACGCCGAGAGGGAUGCGGACAGCACAGCUGGGGAGUGGAGAGUGGGCCUGGUGGACUGCAGCACUCACGGUACUUACGUCAAUGCCAUCCGCAUACCCCAUGGCCAGCGGACAGAUCUGAACGAUGGAGACCUUCUGACCUUUGGCCAUCCCAACCCAGUCCCAGAGGGCUGUGCUCUGUCACCCCCGCAUGGUGACUCCGAGUUCUACUUCCUGUUCCAGAAAGUCCAAGUGCGACCCCAGGACUUUGCUGCUAUCACAGAACCAAAAGCCCCUGGAGAUUUCUCAUGUGGCUUCCGGCCCGUGCUGCCUUCUGGCAACCACCGCAUCCGCCCCCUGCCCCGUCUCUCACCCAUCUCGUUCUCUUGCCGCUCCAAAGCCACCCUUAUCCUUAGCUCUAUCGGCAGCCUCAGUAAACUCAAGCCGCAACCCUUCACGUUUUCCCUGGGCCGGAGUCGGACUGCGGAGCCACCCGCCCAGCCGAGAGCCUCCCGGAAUCGUCGCAAGUCAGCUCACACGCUGCUGCCAGAACUGGAGGAUGAAAUCACACGGCUCGAAGAGGAACAGCCACCACCGGAGAAGGCGCAGGGGAUGGGUAGUUACAUGCAUUGUCACAACCCCUUGCAGCUCCAGCAGAGGGUGCCGGAGAGAAGCAGGAACUUGCAAGAGGAUGUGGGACCAAAGCUUCAGAUCACGCCCAGUGGGAAACGGCGUGGUCGGCCACGGAAGAACCCUCCGGGGGGCACUUGCCAAGUGUUCUCCCAGACUCUGUCUGCAUCGGAGCCGUGUGCAGCUCCCCGCUGCCGCCUUCCCCAGGACGAGACGGUGGAGUGGGUCCAGUGCGAUGGCUGCGACGCCUGGUUCCAUGUGGCCUGCGUGGGCUGCAGCUACCGGGCCGUGCAAGAGGCGGAUUUCCGCUGUGCUGCCUGCCGCUCCUAAUGUAUGUGGGCAGCGGAGAGGAACAGUCCCCCCCCCAAAAAAAGUAGGUGAGGUAACAGCAGUGAAUUCAAAUGCAACAUGUGCAUGUGUGCCCACUAGAACUUUUGAUAAACUGCCAAGUAGGGAUAUGCACACCAGUGAAACAUUUGCACAACUAAAGAUUAGUGUGAUGAGCACCAAGCUCAUGCAGAGAACUGAUGAAAACUGAAACUAUUGCAAGAACCUGACAUUCCAGCAGAAAUUGUUUUGCUGACUCCAAUCCAACCUAUCCUUUUUCUUGGGUAAGCGACACUGUUGAACUACCGGCUUCGUCUGUCUGAAAACCAACAAGGCCCAACCCACAGGACAGCUGAUGUGUAUAUCAACAUGAUGUUGGCAGACAGGCUUUUGUGCCAGGAGCUGCAGGUCUUUGCAGCACGGGGGACUAAAGGACAUGAUGGAAGCUAUUUGAACACAAACAAUCCAUUCACAAAGACAUUGCCCCUUUGGCAUUAAUGGCUCUUGUUCCUCCAAGCCUGUAGCAAGAAAAAAAGGGGAGGAGACCUGCAGUUAUGUUGCCUCAGGGCAAUGGCAAAACCUUAUGGAAAUGUGAAUACGUAUGUCAGCUGACAGCAGUACAACUGUGCAGGUUUUCCAGUUGCAUGAGUCACUUUAUGCAAAAAGGUCACAGGCUGCUCGUUGCACCUUCUGCUCCUUACGCUGCCAGGGGAAGGGAAUUAGCGUGUAUUGUGUGCCUCCAGAAAACAACAGGGUGCUGUGAAAGAAGUUUGGUUAAUGUUUCUCUGCUGUGCUGUCCAAGCGACAGCAAGUUCCCAGGAAGAAACAUUUGAGAACGGUCACCCAAGGGCAACCAGCAGAGAUAACAUAAUUAUUAGAAAAUUAGUUCUUGCCCUCUUCAGAUCAAUUUACAGGAACAGUAAAGCUAGAGAGAAAAUAAGUUUUUAAAAACCUUCUAAAGGUGUUGAGUCGGGAGAAGUGGCCUUGUUGAGGUAAGAAUAUCCCUGCUGGAGGAGACCAGUAGUCCAUCUAGUCCAGCAUCUUGUCUCCCACAGUGGCCAGCCAGUUGCUCUAGAUGGCCAAAAAGAGGGCCGAGGCCAAGGCUAGUAGCCAUUGGCAGACAUUCUCCACGAAUUUAAUUCCCAUUAAAGCGGUUUAUUCUUGUGGCCAUCACUACAAUGAAUUCCACAUUGUAAUCACUGUCGUAUUUUCUUUUGUCCAUCCUGAACCUACUGUUCCUGAGCGUCACUGGAUACCUUCAAUUUCUAGUAUCUUGGGGAGAAGGAGAAAACUGCCAACUCUAGGCAUAAUUUUGUAAACCUCAAUCAUGUCCCUCCUUAGCUGCCUCUUUUCUAAACGGAAACAUCCCAGACUCUUCAGCCUUUCCUCAUAGGAACGGUGCUCCAAUGCCCUAAUCAUCUUGGUUGCCUUCCUCUGUACUUUUUUGUACCCCACCAUGGUCUUUUUGAGAUAGUGACCAGAACUGUACAGCAUGCCAAAUAAAGCCACAUCAUAGAUCCAUACAUGGGCAUUACAAUAUCAGCUGUUUUAUUCUCAAUCAGUUUCCUAAUAAUCCCUAUCAUAGUUUGCCAUUUCACCGGUGUAGCACACUGGGUUGACACUUUCACAGAGCUACCCACUACAACCCCAAGAUCAUUUCCCUUCUCAGUCUCAGCAAGUUUAGGCCCCAUUAGCCUAUAUCUAAAGUUGGGGAUUUUUGUUCCAGUGCACACUAAACUUGGUUUGUCACAUUGUCUUCUGCUCACAGGGUGUGGAGGUCCUCUUGGAGCUCUUCGCAGUCAGGGUAGGUGUAAUGGGGCUGGGGGCGGACUCUACCUGUGUUCCAACCAUUCAUGGAUAGAACAGUAGGGUGGAAAGUCUGUUUGUGAACACCAAAAGAGUAUACAGGUGAGCAGAACUGAGCCCCCCUUCUCUCCCUCUCCCUGGCUCACUUCAAACAUUUUUCUAGAUUGGCUCACUUCUAGAACAGGAAGAGCGCUUGACAUUAACAAAACAGGGGAAGCCAGCUCACUCCUUAGGGAAGAAAACUCACCCUAGGGCAAUUGCACAAAUGAUGAUCAGUUCCUGUAAAACAGCAGGAUAUUACGGCACCUUAAAGCCUAGUGUGUUUAUUGUGGUAUUAGCUUUUGUGGACAAGAGACCCUCCUCUGGAGCUUUUCUUUUAACUAUAUAUAGACACUGACUCAGACUGUGUACCAGUUUUCUGGCAGAGAAUGUACCCGAGUUGCAAGAGAGUGACCCAUGUACUGCUGCAGCUGCUGUGCUGACUUCCCAGAGCCGUUGAGAACAUGGGUUCAAAUGCAUGACUGCUUAUGCCACAAGCAGUCUGCCAGUGGUUUUUCUUCAGAACCUUGGCAGGAAAGUGUUUUCAGCUUGUGAUUGCAGAUGGUUACAAACAUAUGUAUGUAGAAGCCUACCCAUUACCCCCUUGCACUCAUAAGCUGCCCCCUUAAGCAGGGAGCAAGAACGAAAUGAUCACCAAGAAAACUUGCUGUCUCUUGGCAAGUCUUCCAGAGCCUCAGUGUAAACAACUGAGGAAACCCCCACCACCAAUACAGCACAUAUCUUUAACUGAGAUGCUCUCAUCUGCAUUUAUCUAUCUGGUUAGUCACAUACGUGCUAGCACCUUCUCUAUGGAACUCUUCCCCUCCUAGCACCAAGGCCUUUGCUUACAAGAUGUAACCACAGUUAGCCUGGCCUAUAGCCUUGGACCAGGAAGAAUAAGAAAUAUACAGUGGGCACGAGGACAAUAUUUGGCCCAGCUGUUCCUCCAGCCGUUGGGGACUGUCGUGUCACAUUCCAAGACAGCGCAAGUGAUGUACUCAAAAAAUCCUGCUUCAAACGGCCAUAGCUGCUGAUGCUCCCGGGGGAAGGGGGGAGAAUUUUAGACAACCAGAAUGCUCAUCUGCUUUUGCUGUUUCUAGCAACCGCUUGCUAGGGAAUUUGCUUUUCUGAAAGGCUGAAAUCAAAAAUAAGCUAUGUGUAUAGUUCUAAAGGAACUCUGCAGCAAGGAGAACGAUGGCAGUAAUAACCAAAGACUCUUACAGUUAAGGAAGGUGAAAAUAAGAUUUGUUGUUGCCAGUAUGAUCUGUCAUGCUUUAUCUUUGGGAGGGAUGGAAGGUUUUACCCUUUCCCUUUGCUACAGUGUCUCUUGCUUCACAGCAGGCAUUACUGGAUCGAAAUAAACCCAAACUGCAAAUUCAA